AUGGAUAUUGCAACAGGUCUGGUGUCACUGGAGCGCCUCUCCACGGGAACACAGUCCAAGGCGUGCAUCAUGUUGGACGGCAUAAAAAUUGAAGAUCAUCCCCUGCGAUCAGGACAAGCCACCCUCGGAGUCAUGCUUGGGACUGAAUGUCAUCAUCCAUCCGUGUGUGAAGGAUGCCAGCGUCCCAUUUCCGACCGCUUCUUGAUGAGAGUCAACGAUUCUUCAUGGCAUGAGGAGUGUUUGCAGUGCACUGUGUGUCAACAGCCUCUCACCACCAGCUGUUACUUCAGAGAAAGGAAACUUUACUGCAAACACGACUACCAACAGUUGUUCGCGACCAAAUGCAGUGGAUGCAUGGAGAAGAUCGCCCCCACGGAGUUUGUCAUGCGCGCUCUGGAGUGUGUCUACCACCUGAACUGCUUUUGCUGCUGCGUGUGUGACCGCCAGCUGAGGAAAGGGGAUGAGUUUGUCCUGAAGGAGGGUCAGCUGCUGUGUAAGAUCGACUACGAGAGGGAGAAGGAUCUGCUCAGCUCAGUCAGCCCGGAUGACUCAGACUCAGAGAAAAGUGACGAUGAGGAGUUGGACAUCAAGCCAGAAAAAGGCGUAGGAGGCCAGGGGAAAGGGGAUGAUGGGAAGGAUCCCAGGAGGCCCAAAAGACCACGCACCAUCCUGACCACUCAGCAGAGACGGGCCUUCAAAGCCUCCUUUGAGGUGUCCUCCAAACCCUGCAGAAAGGUGAGGGAGACGCUGGCUGCAGAGACAGGACUCAGUGUUCGGGUGGUUCAGGUGUGGUUCCAGAACCAGAGAGCCAAGAUGAAGAAGUUGGCAAGAAGACAGCAGCAACAACAAGAACAACAGAAUUCUCAAAGACUUGGCCAAGAGGUGAUGUCCAAUCGGAUGGAGGGGAUGAUGAACUCCUUCACGCCACUGGCUCCGCCACAGCAGCAGCUGGUCGCCAUGGAUCAGAAUGGUUACAGCACAGACCCGUUCCAACAGGGGCUUACCCCCCCACAGAUGCCCGGGGACCACAUGAACCCAUAUGGUAAUGAUUCUGUAUUCCAUGACAUAGACAGCGACACGUCUUUAACCAGCCUCAGUGACUGCUUCAUGGCGUCGUCGGAAGUCAACUCCAUGCAAGCUCGUGUGGGAAACCCCAUUGACCGGCUCUACUCCAUGCAGAACUCUUACUUUGCAUCAUGAAAGAGUUCGAGCAUCAGCACGGAAAUAAACUACCCAUCUCAACUUAAUGACUGACAGCCAGGAGUUUCUACACUAAUAUGGACAUGA